AAAGGCCACUUCGCGCGACGAUCAUCGUUUCCCUCCCAAAAAUCUCCUCAAAGCCAACCAAAACGCGCUCUCCAUUUUCCCGGCAAUAUACUCGCUAGGGUUUCAUCAUUUCCAGGUUUGAUGUAUCCUUUGUGUCAGGAUAUCCUGUCCAUGCAAUGAGCUUACUAAAUAUCAUAACACAUGGCGCAAGUGGCCUCAAUGGCAAAAGCAUGCUCUGAGAGAGGAUAUCGAAAUGCUUUUGGCCGAAACAUGAGGUUUAGCAAUUUUCUUCAGUCGAAUCUUUUGAAGUUGUGUUCCCGAUCCUAUCACAAGUCUGCCCAAAGGCUGUUGGAGGAAGUGAAUGGCUAUGGCACCGCAAGCAUGUCAGAUCGUUCAAAACUCCUUAAUAAGGUUUCUGUUCUGAUGGGUUAUUGCAAUGUACAAGACUUAAUUGAGCAUGUAAAGGCUGGUAGAGUAUCUGAUGAUCUUGAAGGCGACGUAGACGAUGUUGAUAUCUCAUUGGCUCGUCGAAGAUUCCCAUCUAUCAUUUUGGGUAGCUCGUCACUUGUUCAACUGUACGAUGAUAAUGCAUGUCAACCAGAUCAAAUGGGCCUUUUACUAGCUGAAAACUGUGGAGGAUUUCUCCUCAGUUCUAUUGGUGAGAAUUGGGUUGAACCAGAUAAGCUUAGUGAAGCAUGGUCCUUGUUAGAUGCUCCCCAGUCAAAUUUAAAAUCAUCCUCAUUGGAUACAGGAAGUUACUACAUUUUGCCAUUUCUUUCUCAAUCAACAGCUUUGGAAGCUAAAGGAAAAUCAGAUGCAAUUCAUGUGGAAGAAGCUGAAGGAAAAUCAGAUGUGGUUAAUGUAGAAGCCAAUAUGAAAGAUUCUUCUAUCAAUGCUGGUGGCACAGCACAGCAAAUUGAAACAUCUUCUGAGUUGAUUUUCGACAGACCUAUCAGUUGUACUCCUGGCAUAAGUACUCGCCACUGUCGUCAGCUUGAAAAGAGUGGUUUUCAUACGAUGCGGAAACUGCUACACCAUUUUCCUCGGACGUAUUGUGAUCUAAAAAAUGCACGGGGUGCAAUUGAUGAUGGAGACUAUUUGAUUUUUGCUGGGAAAGUUUUAUCUUCCAGGGGUAUCAAGGCUGGUUUUUCGUUUUCAUUCCUAGAAGUUGUCGUGGGCUGUGAGUUCGCAAGUGAUGAAGGAACUUCUGAAGUUGAGAGUGAUGAUUGUGUCAUUGGGGAAAGUAAGAUGAUUUACUUGCAUUUGAAGAAAUUUUUCCGUGGUACUCGUUUUACGAGUCAGCCUUUUCUUACAAGCAUCGAGUCAAAGCAUAAAGAGGGUGAUCUUGUAUAUGUUAGUGGUAAGGUUAGAGAAAUGAAGAAGAAAGACCAUUAUGAAAUGAGAGAGUACACUGUUGACAAGCUUGAAGAGGAGGAAGAGUCAAGUGCACAUGGAGAGGGGAGGCCAUAUCCUGUAUACCCUUCUAAAGGGGGCUUGCUUCCAAGUUUUCUUAGGGACAUCAUAUCAAGAGCCUUACAAGCCUUGUCCAUGAAUAUUGACCCUAUACCUGACAAUAUUUGUGAGGAGUUUGGUUUAUUAAGACUUUAUGAUGCCUACAUGGGAAUCCACCGUCCAAGGGAUUUAGAAGAAGCUGAUUUAGCUCGUAGACGGCUAGUGUUUGAUGAGUUCUUUUACCUUCAGCUGGGACGACUAUUUCAAAUGCUUGAGGUGCUUGGUACACGAAUAGAAAAAGAUGGAUUGUUGGAUAAGUACCGAAAUCAUGAACCGACUGCCAUUUCUAUGGAUGGUUGGUCAAGUCUUACUAAAAAAUUGUUAAAGGCUCUUCCAUAUUCACUUACUCCAAGCCAGUUAAAUGCAGUUUCUGAAAUUAUUUGGGAUCUGAAGAGGCCAAUCCCUAUGAACCGACUUUUGCAGGGGGAUGUUGGAUGUGGUAAAACGGUGGUUGCUUUCUUGGCUUGUAUGGAGGUGAUUGGCUCUGGUUUUCAGGCAGCUUUCAUGGUUCCGACAGAGCUACUUGCUAUUCAACACUAUGAGCACUUCCUUGGUUUGAUAGAGAAUUUAGAUAUGGAAGAGUGUAAGCCUUCCAUUGCUCUACUAACAGGGUCAACUCCUACGAAGCAAUCACGAGUAAUCCGCAAGGGUCUUCAUAGUGGAGAUAUAGCACUGGUUAUUGGGACGCACAGCCUAAUAACUGAUAGUGUGGAAUUUGCAGCAUUACGGAUUGCUGUGGUGGAUGAGCAACAUCGCUUCGGCGUGAUCCAGAGGGGAAUGUUUAGCAAGGUGAAUAGAACUCUCAUGGUGCAGUUAUACUCUGUUUCGUCAAACUUCAGAACAAGUGCUACGAGUUGGAAUGAGUCAUCAACAGAGAAAGCUUACAUGGCGCCUCAUAUUCUUUCUAUGUCAGCCACUCCUAUUCCAAGGACACUUGCUCUGGCUUUAUAUGGAGAUAUGUCUCUAACCCAAAUAACAGAUUUACCUCCUGGAAGAAAACCUGUGGAGACAUUUGUUCUUGAAGGAAAUGAGAGUGGCUUUGAAGAUGUUUACCAGAUGAUGCGGGAAGAGUUACUUCGAGAAGGAAAAGUAUAUCUUGUGUAUCCAGUGAUAGAAGAAUCUGAGCAACUGCCCCAGCUCCAUGCUGCUGCUGCAGAUCUUGAGUCCAUAUCUGCCAAGUUUGAGGAUUACCAAUGUGGGUUAUUACAUGGGCGCAUGAAGAGUGAUGAGAAAGAUGAAGCAUUACGGCGGUUUAGAUCUGGAGAAACACACAUACUGCUUUCAACUCAAGUGAUUGAGAUCGGGGUUGAUGUUCCCGAUGCAUCAAUGAUGGUUGUUAUGAAUGCUGAGAGGUUUGGAAUAGCCCAGUUGCACCAGCUGAGAGGACGAGUCGGACGGGGAACCAAAAAGUCGAAAUGUGUUUUCUUAGCAUCUUCUUCUGGGGCUCUUAAUCGAUUGAAAGUACUUGAAAAGUCAUGCGAUGGAUUUUACCUGGCGAACAUGGACCUUAUGCUUCGUGGGCCUGGCAACUUGCUUGGUAAAAAGCAGUCAGGACACCUUCCAGACUUUCCGAUAGCCAGAUUGGAGAUCGAUGGAAACAUUUUACAAGAAGCUCAUCUUGCUGCAUUGAAAAUUUUGAGUGCUUCCCAUGAUCUAGAGAGCUUCCCGAAGCUCAAAGCCGAGCUUAGCAUGCGUCAGCCACUCUGUCUACUGGGUGAUUGAGAUAUUUGCCAGAGCUGAAGGUUGUGAUUGGAAGUUCAAAUUUUUGAUUUCAAAGAAGAGGAAGACGGCAGUGAUAAAGGUAUUUUGGGACUUUCAUGGAACAUUUCACAAAGGGAAGAUCUUUGAUGCCUGGCAAAGAGUGAUGUUUGAUUUGUAGGUGCUCAGAAAUUGCACACAUGCCAUACAGGUUACUUAAAUUAAAGCAUCCCAAUUGUGGGCCCCGAUUCAGACGGCUCUCAAACUAAAAGUUCACUGCUUCAAUUUCCUAACUCUGCGUGAUUGGUGAACUUUUGAUGGACAAUGGGAGGUCAAAACUCCGACUUCAAGAACAACUGCGCACUGAUCAGAGGUUAGGAUCAUUCGAUCAAUAUGACUUUUGGAUGAUGAUAUCUACAGUGGGUCCUGCAAUUUGGGCUGUUUAAUUUGAAUUAUGUUUAUGCUAGUGUGCAACUUUUGAGUGACUGCUUUCAACCAUGACUCUGCCAGAGUAUCAAACUACUCUUUCACAAACUAAUUCCUUUGUAAAUGCUGUUGGUUGUAACAUGUACAAUGUAUAUGUUAUAUGCUGCUGGGAGAGUUGGAUCCUAUUUAGCUGAAAUGUGAAACACAUUAGACAUGUAAAAGAUUUUUGGACAGCCUUUGCAAUGGGCUCUAUCACGGAUGACCCAUCUCCAAAAAUCAGGCUGAUUGUAGCAUUAUCCUAUGUAUGAUGUUAUGUAAUCCUUAGGUAUUUAGAUCCUUUUUCCUUUUUCUAAAAUCUGAAAUACCUUGGACAUGUAAUAGCUUGUGCCAUGGGCAUUGUGAUGGAUGAUAUGCCGGCAUUUAGAAUUUUA